GUUUGGCUAGAAUUGCAAUUGAAUUGAAUAUCAGUUGAAUGUUUUGAAACAUAAUAAAUCUUGAGUAUUUAAACAGCAAUAGUUAACAAUACGUUUUCAAAAAGUAAAAUGGAUAAUGAGGUGAUUAAUGUCCCCAGCGAAGACCCCAGCAGCUACUGUCGCCUGUGCUUCUCCGUCCGAAAUUUGGUGUCACUUUUAUCCAACACGGGCGAGCCAGACAAUAUUAUGCUGAACUUGAUCACUCAAUGCACAGGUAUACAAAUUGACACCAUUGACAAUCACCCUGCUUCCAUUUGCUGGCGAUGCGCAGUUGCAUUGGAAGACUUCCAAUUGUUCAGACAACGCAGCCUACGACAUGAUACCAUAAUUCGAAAAAGUUGUGCCACAAAGUAUGAAAUCAAAUCAGUCGUGAAAGAUGAAAUAAUUUGUGAUGAAGCAGCCGAUGGACCUAUAAUAAAUCAGCCUGAAAAUGAAAACGGUUUGAUUGAAUCACAAGCUCUGCCAGCCACUGAUUUAGAUCCGCUGGAGGGUGAGUCAACAGCAGAUACUGGUGCUGUGGGUGAUCAUGAAAUGACGGUAAAAGCAAUUUCAUGUCAUUUGUGUAACAAAAGAUGCAGAACCAAAGCAAUGUUGUGGAUUCAUUUCAAACAUCAACAUUCGGAUGCAGGGCGCCCUUUCCAAUGUACAAUUUGCCCUGCAUCUUUCAAGCGUAAAAACCAUUUAGAAGGUCAUAUAGCGUCGCACAGUGGUGAUAUGAGAUAUUCUUGCGAUCAAUGUGGUGCGAAUUAUGCCAAAGGUAAAUCUUUGCGGAUACACCGCCAGCAAAUGCAUGGCUUGACAGCGGAACCGCCAACGAGGAAGACAGGUGAUAUUACGCUGUCUUACGGACCCUUCCAAUGUUCGUACUGUUCAAAAUCCUUUAAACAUCGACCUUCAUUGAACUUCCACAUCAAAUCGCACUAUGACAUGUUAUCCUUUAAAUGUGAAUUUUGUAACGCUCGAUUUGAUAAUGAAAUAGGAAAGCUAAUUCACAAAGGAAAGUAUCAUCCAGCGGAAGUCAGCAAAAAGCCGCCAUCUCCUAAGAAAAUGUUUGAAUGCGCUUUCUGUGAGCGUACCUUUGAGCAGCAGAACUAUUUAACACAACACACUAAAUACAUGCACUUUCGUAAGAUCGAUCAAAAUAAUCCAGUAGAAGAUAACAGUCAAAACAUAGAGGAGGAAGCGGAGGAGCCAGUUACGGUAAAGUUCGAAGUCGAAGAAGACAUUCCUACGCAGCCUAAAUGGGAGUGAGACGGAAGGUAGGAACGGGUUGCUUUUCUACUUCAAUUUUAAAUUAUUUCGAAUAAUAUAUGCAAUGAUGUAGUAUGAAA